UAAAUUGUUUAAUUAAUAUUUGUUGAUUGUAAUAUUUCUUGUAUUUUUAAGCGACAAUUAAACAACCAGUUGGAAAUGGAUGAAGAUAUUGUGCAAUAUUUAUUGAAAGACAAUGUCGCUGUAAAUACAGGGCCAAACGCCAAAGAGUUUUUUCUAGAUCAAGCAGAAAAUGAAUUUAAUAAUGGAAAUCUGCUGAAUUCGAUAUUUUAUCAAGUGCGAGCAUUAUAUCAAGCCUCAGAGGAACGCUACUUUCAAAUUGAAGCGAAGCUUAAUAAUGAGCAGGGCGAUAGCAAACGCACAUUGGCAGAUAAACUA